UUUUAACGUUUUAUAUUUCAUAAAAUUAGAAUAUUUGAAUAAUAUUUCAAAUUAGCUUGUUAUUCAUCCACUAUUCUGGAUGCGUCGAUAAUAUACGACAUUGGUACUAUUUUAUCCCCGUUGGUGUAUUAUUUCUCCCCGCAAUACACUAUUUGUCAUUUUAAAACAUAAAGAAUAUCAAAAUGAUAUUCAUGUGGAUCUUUUAAGAUUUUUAAUUUUGAUUUGCUACAGUCGUGUGUCAAGGGAGAUUAUUAGGUACAAAGAAUGCUAUCUCUGUCAUUAACUACAAUGUGGUGGAUAUGAUAGCAACAACAUGUACUACCCGUAUCCAAAUGAUACAGGAUGCGCUGCCGCCAAUCCUUUCAUCGUGAAUUCGACGUUGACUACGAAGAAGCAUCUUACCAACACGGAGCUAAAGAUGCCAAGGAUUGAUCCAAAGCCCAUCGAAAUGUUCAUGUACACGAAUCAUAUGGAUCGCGAAAUGAUGUGGAAACCGAAUAGAUCGGGUAGUAAUAACCCCAACCGAGUGUAUCAAAGGAAUAUGCCAGAUGUCUCAUCAUAUAAUAUGGUUAAUCCAUACACUUUUGAUAACAGCACCACUGGUUGGGAUAACUACCUAUUACCAAAAGUCAAUCCGAAGGCAGGCAGAGUCAAAAAUAGUAUACAAAGUAAUGGAAAGAGAGGCUCAAAGGUAGCGCUUACGAAACCUAAGAGGUCAUAUGUUAGAAAGAACCGCGCUGAGGUAGAUGUUAGCUCGUUUGUACAACCUGACGAUGUGCCGGAUUGUGAUACUACAAAUGCUGGAUCGCCUGCCAUGAAAUACAUAAAACCAGUGUCACAAGGACAAAGAUAUGCCUUUACCAUGGAUUAUACCAACCCAUUUGCUGGUAACGACCUGGAAAAUAACGAUUUUCAGAUGUUUUGUCCGACACCCGUUUCUAAAUUUCGUGGAUAUAAAUGGGUGCUAGUUAAAGAUUCAGAACUACCAAACCCGGAGCACAAAGAGGUGCACACUUUCAGACCAUCGACAGAUAAUGCGUGUUGCAGCUGUGGACAAGCAUUACUACAGAUAUGCUCGUCAACCUUGUUGCAUAAUAAUCUCGAUAAGGGAAAUGUUACAAAGCCGUGCUAUGGAAACAUGACAAUGAACCAAGUGGAUGUACCUACACGGCAAAUUUCGGCAGUGGAGUCACAACUAGACUGCAAGGAUAGGCUGGUAUCGCGGACAACACCUAUGGAUACACAUAGAAGAAAUACUGAAAGUAGGGAUUUCCCCAAUGUCCCUACGUUCAUGCCUCCCUACUUUGGAGGUGUUCCACAAGAGUUCUAUAGUAAGCUUCAGGGAGAGUUGAUCUCCACAGCAAACGGGCCGAUUUUCCAACCAUAUCCAAUACCAUUGGUUUCUAAUGUUGGAUUGCCACCACCAAAGUACAAAGCAUGUGCGCAACCGUCGAAGGUAAGGAUAAAGAAGGGACAGAAAUUGGCAAACGGGGGUGACCAGGCUACAAUAUCUACGGAUGUGUCCGAUGCGGAUUGCCUGGCAACACCGCGACAUUUCAACAUGAUGCAGGUAAAUGAAGAUUUUAAAUACAUACCAAACGUGAUGAUGAUGCCAGAAAAGGUCCCAUAUAUGUUACCGGAGGAACAAAUGGAUCCGAUGCUACUACACCAACCAGAUGUAAUUGGCAACCCGGUUACCCACAUACCGGAUCUCAAGAGAAGACGUGAUCAAUACGAGUUUGAAGGACCCAUGAUGGAAACAUUUGAAUAUAUGCCGCCGCCAAUACAUUAUGUAAAUCCGUAUAACCCGCCCAUGUUCCCCCAACCGCCACAGAUUGUUUUUAAUGGGAAACUUCCAUUAAACCCGGAUAAUACCCAUGUUAUGCCGAAUCCAGUGGAUACUAAUAUGUACCAUACCAAGGCAGUGCCCACUGUAGUGGGAGAUGAUAUGAUGGGAUCAAGGAACUCAUCGGCAUUUGUAUUUUCAGACGCAGUGAAGGGAUCGGGUGAAUGUGAACGAAACACCACACGAUGCACAAACAACGUACAAGCGGAAGUCCCCGAUAGAACAAUCUAUGAUUGAUCAUGAGUAACAUAGUAAAUAAAAAUUUAUCGCAAUAUGUAACACGGCGCUUUAAGCGCACUAAUAUACGUAUUAUAC